AUGGAAAAAGAUGGGAUUAUUGAGCAGAGACCCAGUCUUUGGGGCUCCGCUGUUGCCAUAGUAGCGAAAGCUGAUGGCACUCCCAGAUUCUGCGUUGACUAUCGCUCUACGAUCAAUAAAAAUUUAAUUCGAAAAUCUUGGCCCAUGCCAGAUAUCGAAUCCCACAUUGAUACCGUUGGUGGUGCGAAAUAUAUCACAGUUUGUGACAUUCAAAACGCGUAUCAUCAAAUGGAAAUACCAGCAGAAGAGCAAGAUAAGACGGCUUUUGUAACACACAAAGGGAAAUGGGUCNGGCAAGAUAAGACGGCUUGUGUAACACACAAAGGGAAAUGGGUCUUUAAACGCCUCCCCUUCGGAAUUACGAAUGCUCCCUUCUUGUUUGCCCGGAUGAUGUCCCUAGCCUUUUCUCACCUUGGACCACGCAGUGGACUUCUGGUGUACAUGGACGACAUCAUCUGCUGCAGUUCUACUUGGGAGAGCCAUCUAACUUUAUUAGAAAGCAUGCUGCAGGCCCUCCAAGCUGCCGGUCUCACCCUGAAACCCUCUAUAGUACAAUUUGGACCAAGAGAAGUCAAAUUUUUGGGACACAUAAUGUCUGAGAAAGGGAUUCGCAUAGAGGUAAAACGUUUACUCAGCGAAGCCCCCGUACUAUGUUUCCCUGACUUUACCAGAUCUUUCGUGGUUCAUGUUGAUGCCAGUGAAGUUGGUGCAGGAGCAUUCCUAGCCCAAAAGAAUGGUGACGACCUGAAUAUUAUUGCAUACUUCAGCCAGCGAUUUAACAAAGCUCAACGCCACUACUCCCCCACGAUGAAAGNCGUUUACUCAGCAGCGAAGCCUCCGUACUAUGUUUCCCUGACUUUACCAGAUCUUUCGUGGUUCAUGUUGAUGCCAGUGAAAUUGGUGCAGGAGCAUUUCUAGCCCAAAAGAAUGGUGACGACCUGAAUAUUAUUGCAUACUUCAGCCAGCGAUUUAACAAAGCUCAACGCCACUACUCCCCCACGAUGAAAGAAUGUUACGGAGUUGUUUUGAGUUUACAACACUGGAGACCCUACCUGUGGGGUAAACAUUUUGA